UUAAAAUACACUACCCACUGUUAAAACCCCAUGACAAGCAAUGAUUUCAAACAUAACACUUCAGAAGAAAAUUAUCCUUCCAAAAACAACAAUAUUACGUACAUCCGUAAAAAAACUUGAACAUAAAAAAUAUGAGUCAAUAUUUGGAACCUUUAAGACUGAAUUAAUUUGGACAAACAUAAUGUUAAUUUUUACACUUCAUACUUUAUCUGCGAUUAUAAUUGUGUCAUAUCCAUGGAUUACGAAGUUUCCUCUAGUACUUUAUGCAUUUACCAUUGGUGGCAUAGGAGGAUUUGGUGUAACUGGGGGUGCUCAUAGAUAUUGGACGCAUAAAUCAUUUAAGGCAAAACUACCAUUGAAACUCAUUCUUCUUAUGUCAUAUUCCGUAGCAGGCCAAAAUUCUUUAAAAAACUGGGUAAGGGAUCAUAGAGUUCAUCAUAAAUUCUCGGAAACCAGUGCAGAUCCCCACGAUUCUAAUCGAGGAUUUUUUUUUGCCCAUUGUGGUUGGUUAAUGAUGAAAAAACACCCUGACGUUUUAGAGAAAGGAAAAGUUAUUGAUUGUAGUGAUUUAAUGCAAGAUCCAAUAAUUAGAUUUCAUGAGAAAUACUUCGUAUUAUUCAAAUUGGUGUUUUGCUUUAUAUUGCCGACGAUUAUACCACCUUUACUAUGGAACGAAUCUUGGUUUUGGACUUUCUGCUCUACCGCAGUUGUAAGAUACUGUUUAACUUUAAAUUUUACUUGGGCCGUGAACAGUGCUGCCCAUUUAUGGGGUAACAAACCAUAUGCUAAAAACAUAAAUCCAUCUGAAAACCUUACGGUUUCCAUUGUGGCAAUGGGUGAAGGUUGGCAUAAUUACCAUCAUACAUUUCCAUGGGACUACAAGACGUCAGAAAAUGGCAGAUAUAAUUUAACCAAAAAUUGGUUGGAUUUUUUUUAUGCAAUCGGUUGGGCAUAUGAUAUGAAAAGUCCCUCAGACGAACUAGUGAAAAAAGUAGUUGAAAAAAAUGGGGAUGGUAGCCACUGGCAAUGGGGGAUGGAAUAUCCGGAAAGUGAGGACAAGUAUAAUUAACAUAUAACUAUCCGAGAAUUUUUCUGAUUAUUUGGAUAUACCUAUAAUUAUUGUAAGACU